AUGGGAUGCGAAAUCGAGCCCGAACAACCGGAUGACAUGGACUUAGUCCUCUCAUCCAUGUGGCCGGAUGACAUAAACGAGGCGGGCCGUCAAUUCAAUGUCGAAAAGCCCGGCCCAGCUGGCAUGGACAUGCUCGACGAGAUCACCAUCAACAAAGAGCCCAAUAUAGUUGAUUUCCAUCGGUUAAUGGAGCUCACAAAUUACAGUGACAAAGGCAAUUGUCAGUUAGCCAAUCUGAUCAAAAACUGGGAAUUCAAACAAGAAAACGCGGUCCGUUUACUUCGAGAGGAGCUCGACACGCUCAGCAAGCAACAGCAUGAAGUCGAGCUGAAAAAGCUCGAAAUUCUCGAAGAGCACAGGUUCGAGUUGGGAAGUGACAAGAGGCCUGUCUCGAUUUUGGAUGAGAAUAUGAAGUAUUUGUAUCAAGAUUUGCCGAGGAGGAAAAGUGACAUGGAUUUUUGGAAAAAUGAGAGAGUGGAGAUAAAUGAUGCCGAGUAUGGUAGUGUGGUGUAUUGGAAGCAAAGGUGUGUGCAGCUCGAGAAGCUUCUAGAAGAGAGCUUGAGAAGGGAACAAGUUCUUCUCGAGAAGCUGCAGGAAAGUAUCGAGAAUUUGGAGAGGCAAUCCUCGCCGGUCGAGGAGCUUUCGCAGGUUUUGAAGAGGGCCGAUAAUUUCUUGCAUUUCGUGCUUCAGAAUGCGCCGGUUGUGAUUGGUCAUCAGGAUAAGGAAUUACGAUAUCGGUUUAUUUUUAACCAUUUUCCGAGUCUCGGUGAGCAGGACAUCAUAGGCAAAACGGAUGUGGAGAUCUUUUCAGGUGCCGGCGUGAAAGAAUCACAAGACUUCAAACGGGAGGUUCUCGAGCGAGGACUACCCGCAAAGAGAGAAAUCACAUUCGAAACCGAGCUAUUUGGUUCGAAGACAUUUUUAAUCUAUGUCGAACCCGUUUUCAGCAAGUCCGGUGAGACAAUCGGAGUAAACUACAUGGGAAUGGAAGUAACCGAUCAGGUGAGGAAGCGAGAGAAAAUGGCGAAGCUUAGAGAAGAAAUGGCGGUACAAAAAGCCAAAGAGACAGAGCUUAACAAAACGAUCCACAUAACAGAGGAAUCGAUGAGAGCGAAACAAAUGCUGGCCACAAUGUCUCACGAGAUAAGAUCGCCUUUAUCUGGAGUUGUAAGUAUGGCCGAGAUUCUGUCGAACACGAGUCUUGAUAAAGAACAAAGGCAGAUUUUGAGAGUUAUGUUAUCGUCCGGUGAUUUAGUUCUUCAGCUGAUUAACGAUAUCCUCGAUCUUUCGAAAGUAGAAUCAGGAGUUAUGAAAUUGGAAACUACUAAAUUUAGACCAAGAGAAGUGGUAAAGCAUGUUCUUCAGACAGCAGCAGCUUCAUUACAGAAACUACUUACCUUAGAAGGUCAUGUGGCAAACGAUGUUCCGGUGGAGGUUGUUGGAGAUGUUCUACGCAUCCGACAGAUCCUCACGAACUUGGUGAGCAAUGCCAUCAAGUUUACGCAUGAAGGUAAGGUCGGAAUAAACCUCUACGUGGUCGAAAAAACGGGACACGAGCACGAAAACGGGACUUGUGAAGAAAAUGCAAUACCAACCUUAUUCAAGAAGUACAUGCAAGUUGGUGCAGACACUGCUCGAAAAUAUGGGGGGACGGGACUUGGUCUUGCAAUCUGUAAACAACUGGUCGAGCUAAUGGGAGGCCACCUGACCGUGUCCAGCGUGGAAAACGAGGGCUCGACAUUUACGUUUGUGCUCCCUUACAGAGUCUCCUCUGCCUCCGAAUCAAACUCGGACGACCUGGAUGAGCUGUCGGAUUCUGAUCACCAAGACAUUCUCGACGAGGACCUUCGCUCGGGAGUUUUUCUUUUCCCUCCACGAACCCUCGGCACCUUAUUCUCCUCCUCCCAAGCUUCCGGAAGGAUCCAGAAGCUCGACACCUUAUUAUUGGAGGACUCGUUGUCCCCUAAACAUUUCAUGUCGUUGCAUGAAGAAGUUGGGUCGUGCGAGGUGGGAACUAAUUCGGAUAGCCAUGCAAAGAAAACCGAGAACAUAUUCGACAAUAGUACGGAAAGGAAUGGACGAUUCUGCCCCUAUGUUCCGGAAGUUACGGCAUGUGGGGAGAAGAGGGGUCGGGAUGAAGGGAGUUCCGAGUGCUCGUCGAGCAAUAGUACUUUUGAGAUGAUCUCGAGAGUUGGUUCAAGGCCCAAGAUUCUUCUUGUGGAGGAUAACAAGAUUAACGUUAUGGUGGCGAAAUCGAUGAUGAAGCAAUUGGGCCACGAGAUUGAUGUAGUGAAUAAUGGGGUGGAGGCCGUCCGCGCGGUUCAAACCAACGACUAUCAUCUAAUUCUAAUGGACGUGUGCAUGCCGGUGAUGGACGGUCUUCAAGCUACGAGACUUAUCAGAUCGUAUGAAGAAACCGGUACUUGGGAUGAGGCAUUGAAGGCCGGAGUCGAAAUUCAGUUGCCUUCUCCGAAUGCGAUGUCGGAAAGUGCAGACGAAUGCUACGCAAAUGGGAUGGACUCGUUUGUGUCGAAGCCGAUAACUUUCCAAAGCUUGAAACAAUGCCUACAACAGUACCUACCAUGA